AUGACUGCCAUUCCUUCUGCGAACCAGCGCGUUGCACGACAGCCGGGCUCUGAGCGAGACCUCGGCCCUUUUCUUAAUGUUGUUACUUGGGUGCUGUUGAUUUCUUCAGUGCUGGCGGUCUUGACGAGGCUCGUUACGAAGAGGGCGCUGAAGAGGCGGAUCGAUGUCGACGAUGCUUUUGUGGUAGCGGCCCUACUUGCAAGCAUCGGCUCCGGCAUAGCCGUCAGUAUCCAGACGAAGAAUGGGCUGGGACGGGAUAUCAGGUCAUUGGCGGGUAGUCAGAUCGUGGCGUACGAAAAGGCCGAGUAUGCAAAUAAGCUGCUCUACAUUGCGACCCUGGCUCUCGCGAAGCUCUCAAUUAUCUCCCUGCUCAUGAUCCUCACCGCCUCGGAUCUGCAUCGCAAUCUCGGCAUAGGACUGACAAUCUUCAUCGCGCUGUGGGGCAUAGCCGCAGAGUUUGUCGCUGCAUUUCAGUGUGGCACCGAAAAACCAUGGCGAUUUGUCGAACGGGAGAGCACCUGCAUGAGCUUGCCUGCAUUCUGGCGUGCCAUGGGCCUCAUCAACAUGUUAACUGACCUUUGUCUCAUCCUUUUUCCUGUGCACGUCAUCUUCACGCUGCAAAUGAGCGUGAGCAAGAAGAUCACAAUCCUCGGCUUCUUCGGAGCACGAUCAUUCGACAUUAUAGCGAGUGGGAUCCAAAUCGCAUACAUCCCCGCCUUCGACUCGGAGAACCCCACUCGCGCCCUUUGGAAAUGGACACUCACUACCCAGAUCAUUGAAUGCAUAACAAUCCUUACGUCGUGCGUGCCCUACCUACGGCCUCUCCUAGAAUCCAUACCCUCCGGGCUCUACGGCGCCGACGAACUGCGCCGCCGCGGCACACCCUCCGAGCUCGGCUACUCGCGCAGUCGCAGCCGCAGCAAAUCCGUGUCCUACAAGCUCAGCUCCACAAGCUCUACAGCAGCGCACGAAAAGAGCAGAAGAAGCCAAAAUGAAACCGGGAUCAAGAGGUUCCUACCCAUGCUGAGUGCGACGAACCAUGCGAACUCUGCGUCCGGUUUGCCCGGUGGUCCGAGAAGACCGGAUGGGCAGAUGGAUGUUGAGAUAACGGCGCAGAAGGUGGAGAAUGCGAGGUGGGAGACUGAUAGUACGGGAAGUCAGGCGCGGAUUAUGAAGACUACUGUUGUUUGUGCGGAGUGGGAGGAGGCGGAGAGGAGGAGUAGAGAGGCGCAUAGUGAUGGGAUUGAGGUGGUCAGGGGUGAGGGGUAAAUCCUGGGAGAUGAUACUGGAGGCCAAGUAACAAUGGAGGCGAGAAGUGCGCGCUGGUAGUAUUAC